CACGAUGUAGGUCGCGUAAAGUCGCAGAUCAGGCCUUUCGCUGUCUCUCGCCAUCCUUCGUGUCCUAUGCAUGUUGUGCUGACCUCCUCAGCACGCAGCAGCGCCAUGUCUCAUUUCGCUUGCUCGAGAACCGGCCAACGUGUAUCUCCAAGGGAAAGUUUUGCUAAAAUGCGCCUACCAAGAUAGCGAAGCAGCUCUCUGGGCCCAGUCCGCCACUGUGCGCGAAAGAUCGUCGCGCCAUACAUGUCUCGUCCCAGGGGUGCGGCUAUUGUUUGGGUAACUUCAAGCAGCGUCGUGCAAAGCUCAUGUCAAUGCCGUCACAACGGGAGCGCUCCAGACGCAGACAAUAUUUGUAUUGGCGCGUGUCCCAUCGCCCCCCAUAGUCGACUGCGUGCCGACCUGGUUCUUCUCCAGAUGAGCCAGGCACUGGCUCGAGGGGCUCAAGAGCUGUGAAGAGCUGUGAAUCUGGACAUUCGUUACGUACGUGUACAUAACAUCAGAUAUCUGUUCUCACCGCGUGCUGUGGGGAUUGCGGAUGGCAUCUUGCAGACAGUUCGUCUUCGGUCCGCUCUAGAUCUGACCUAUAGAUUAUGGGGUGAUACAAGGCAGAGAGAUGAUCAUCUACCUCACAAGCAUCCUGCCCCUAGAUUACGGGAUAUGGCCUGUACACUGUCGUCCACACCGUGGCUAGAACAGUGCCUUUCAUGUCACCGGCCGUCGCGCAUCCCCCGUGUCUCUGCUACACGUAGAGUUCCAGAUUUCCAUAUGCUUUGAAUACGCGCCGCUGCACAGCUUGAGUUCAGGUUUGCCACUCAUUGUGAGCUCCCCUAACAUGUGUUUACCACGAUGCACUAUCGACACGCGUAAUCACUGUGCGCCGCGCGGGGUACAAAUACGACUCCCCCUUCAGCGUCCAUUUCAACCCCCAUUGUCCACGCAAGCAGGAGACUCCUUGCUGGACAGUCGUUCAACCAUCUACCACCCGGCAGACCCCACUUCAAUCUCAAUCAGUCGCGAUGUUUUCACGGUCCUCGUCCUCGACAACGCUCUCCGAUAGUGCCGCGCAUCAACUCCUCUCAUGUCUGCCGGCAGACGCCAAGGUGCUCGCAAUCGCACCGGCAAAGGUCUAUCAUACACCGUUCAACAACAAGUCCGACGGCUGGACGUACUCCGGUCUGAGUGGAACCCUCGUCUUCGGACGCAACAGCAUCUCGGUGCACCAGGAUCGCAAGUUGGGUGGCGGUCCUGGGGAGAGCUUCGAGCAGGGCUUCUGGUUCCGCCUGGUCGACCCCGUCAAAGGCGUCGUUUGGAUCCACCAGAUCCCCGGAGCGCUCGACUAUGCGAUCGACAAGCCGUUCUUCCACACGUUCUCAGGCAAGAGCCGCAAGUUCGGCUUCCGCUUCGACGACGACGCCGAGGCGACCAAGUUCAUGGCCAAGAUUACGUCCCAUGUCCGUGUCAAAGGCGAGCCCGCAUCCCCCCUCCUUUUCCCCGGUCCCGCGGCCAGCCUCGGCGCCCGCCGCAGAGGAAAGAGCAGGCUGGAGCAGCUCGUUUUUCCGCCGAAGCGGCUCUCUCCGGCGAUGGUCUCCCCGCCCGCACCCGGCACGUUCGUUCACGUCUCGCACGUCGGAUUCAAUGUCAAUGGAGACAUCGAGACUUCAGACGACAUCGAGCCUGGAUGGAUAAUGACGCUCAGCGGGCUCCAAGGCCGUGGCAUCACCGCCAGGGGGCGUGCGCCCGUUGUCGAGCCCAAGCCGCAGGGUGAGUUUACUACGCUCGACCAGACGCCACAUGCUGAUAGAGUACAGGCACUGAGAAGAAGAAGCGGAGUCCGGUACCCCGCAAGCCCGUCGUCACGUUUGCACCAUAAGCUAUUCGCCCUUAUUAUGAUUACGCCAAAACGCUCCACUAUCAAGCCUCGUUUCACUCGUCCUUCUCCAGCCAUCCCAAGUAUAGCCUUAGCACUCCUCCGUAGUAACUUAUUUUCAGGCACUUGCUCGUGUAUCAUAAAGCAGACAGAAUGGUGAUUGUAGUAAUACUUGCAGGGAAAUUAAAUACGACGAUACUACAUGUCUAUGAAUGGCGUAUACUACAUGUACAUGCUGUCCGUUCCGAUCCUGUUAUCCCCAUGUAGCGAAUAGGACUAUAUGCUUCCACCCGCUAGGCACACGCGUUUCCCGCGCGCCGUCAAAACCGGCUCAAAUCCCGUCCGAAAAGCCAGUUCAUGAACCUAGUUCCGCGUGUCAGC